UAUCCACACCAAAAUUCAAUCAAAAAAAAAAAACACACACACAUUUAUUACCAAUUAUGAAUCAAGUUAAGGACUAUAUAAUAGAUUGGACACUUGCCAUAGUGCUAUCUUUAUGCUUUUGUUUGGUAUUGAACUAUAUGGGUGUCAUGCGUUCAAAUAAUUUAUUGUGGAAUAGGCAGUCACAACUGAAUGAUGACUAUUAUGGUACUGGAAUUGAUAGCCCCUCGACGGAGGAAUCGGAAUCAAUGGAUGCCACCUGCUAUGCCAGUAGUCCAUAUGAUGUCUACUUCAAUUUCAUGUUGAUAUUCGUCUGCAUUUUCGCAUUAUCGAAAAUAACUGAAAUAUCCGAGAGAUAUUUAAGUGAUCGCAUGUUAUCGAAACAACGCCGUCAUGAUGUGCGAGCCAUCAAUGAGGAAUGGGAACAGACCAUGCAAUUGUAUGAGAAAGACAAGAACCAAAUGAAUAGCGAGCUGGAAGAGUUACGUGGCAAGAAUAAAGAUCUGGAGCACAUGAUGCACGAGCUACGCGAUUGCAAUAUCCAGUUGAUCAGUCAGAAUUUCAUGCGAAACGUUAUGCAGGAACAGCAGCAAAAGCAACAAGCAGCAGCGAAUAAUAUCUUUAUAACCAAUCGUCAUAUUCAUCUAACUAGGCAGGUUUUUGUCAAUGAGGGACACAUCGAUGUCAGUCUGCAGGAUCAACAGCAGCAACAGGAUCUGCUACGUCCUGCUGGCGGUCAAGAGAAUUCGGACAAGAAUCUAAAUGUCUGGGUACAAUACCUUAAGAUGCGUAAAUGUUAUAUGGGUCCCAUUGCCGAUCCCAAUUUGAUUGCUAACAGUGGGUCCGAAAAGAAUAUGCCUAUUGUAAUGACUACGGAACAAUUGGCCAAAUUGCAGGGAUUAAUUUAGAGAAGUUCAUUGGUCGUUGAGUUUUAAAGUGUUCCAAAAUCAAAUUAA